AUGCCGCCAAAAUCGAAACAGAAAACCCUCAAGACCACCGCCAAACCAAUUCCACCUCCGUUCUCGCCUGCCGAUGCCUCACUCACGCCCCUUCUCUCGACUCUCAAUCCGUCGACAGUCUACAUCAUCCACACCGACACGCACCCCGCGUGGUUCAAGAAGCGCAUCUUCAGCGUUCCCGUGGGGCUCAAUGUCCUCAUCGCCCUGAUCAUCGCCUGGCGCGCUUACGCCAUCGUCCCGUUCUACUUCAGCAUCCUCGCGUCGCUGCUAGGCCACUCCAACCGCACAACCAUCUACUACGCCGAGCAGACAUGGGGCGGGCUGUUGUGGAAAGUCGUGCAGCGCAUGUUCACUUUCUUCGUCGACUAUGUACUGGUCAUGGUUGUUGCGCCGUGGCCGUAUGGGUUUUUCCUUGAGGCGCCAGGAAAUCCGGUGAGCUGGCGGUGGACUGUGGGGUUCAGGGAUGAAGAGGUAUAUGUUCGGCAGAGUCGGGGGUGGGGCGCGAAGGAUCUGCUGGGCGAGGCGGAGGGUAGCACAGGGAAAGCGGGUGAAGAGUCGCCGUUCUUCAAGACGAGAAUUCUGCCUGCCGUGGACAAGCAGAGGCUGAAGGAAAAGACGGGGUAUUUGCUCAUGGAUGGGGAUUUCGACUUGGAUUUUUAUGGUAUGAUCGCAGCCACACAGUUGCUGGACAAAAAGGACGUUGCUGCAGACCUGCUGAAGAAGUGCGUGCUCGUCUAUGUGGGCGACCAAGAGAAGGGCGAGGGACAGUGGGCUGUGUGGAAUUGUGGCGUGCUCGACGUCAGUGAGGGCACCGAGGCAGAGGCAAGAGACAAGGUGAUCGCAAUCAAGGACAAGCUCACGGAAAUGGGCAAGGAGAACCUCUUCUUCAAGUGGGUCGAGCUGAUCCAGUACGAGAGCAAUGCGCCUGGCGGCUUCACACCUGAGAGGCAGAUCGCAGCUGCGGACAAAGUCAAGAAGAUAUUCGAAGAGCAGGGCGUGGAUUGGGAUCAGUUCAGCAGAGAAAUUGGAGGACUCGAAGGUGUGCCAGGCUUGUAA